AUUGUCACUUCCGUAGAAGCUCCCUCUGGGCCUGGGGCAGGUCAGGGCCACCAUAAAAGCCAGCCCAGCUCCUUGCUCUCUCAUCCACCUCUCCCACGUCCUUCUCCUUGGGAACCAGGUGAGUCUGAAGGCCUUUCCUCAUGUUAUUUUCUGCUCAUGCAGAUGCAUGCUCCUCAAUCCUAUGCUGGGUCAUGGUGCUGCUUGUCGUGGGAGGGGGAAAGAAGGUGAAGGUCUCACUCAGAGAGUGUCUGGGACUUGGCUGAGGAGGCUCUUCUUUUAAGAGAUAGUCAGCAGCUUCUUUGGGCCUGGUGACACUUUGCAGUAUCGUGUCUGGACAAGGCUGAGAAACCCUUUUGCCUCACUGCCCAGCUUCUACCUCCCAGCUCAGCAGGUGCCUUUGACUUUGCUGAUGGACUCAUGGCAGACGGCUUCUCGCAUGUACCCGGGCUGUGAUUCUUCUCUGCCCUCUCUCCCAGGUAAACUUCUGGACCUGAGAUAUGUCCUGCUACAACCAGUGCCAGCCCUGCCAGCCCUGUGGCCCGACUCCACUGGCCAACAGCUGCAAUGAGCCCUGUGUCAGGCAGUGCCAGAACUCCACCGUUGUCAUUGAGCCCUCGCCCGUGGUGGUGACCCUGCCCGGCCCCAUCCUCAGCUCCUUCCCGCAGAACACCGUUGUGGGCUCCUCCACCUCUGCUGCUGUUGGCAGCAUCCUCAGCUCUCAGGGAGUGCCCAUCAACUCCGGGUGCUGUGACCUCUCCUGCAUCACCAGCCGCUACUGUGGCAGAAGGUGCCCCCCCUGCUAAAGCCCCUGGUGACAGCCCGGACAAGGACCACCCCAAAACCAGCAGCUGAUGCUGAAGUGAGGACGGAGCUCCUGGCCAUUCAUUUCAGAGAGGCUGAACAUCCAGUGCUGCCCUUCCAAAGGAGGGCAGCGGAGGCCCUCUGAAAACAUGGCCAAAGUCUAAAGUCCCCUGCCUUCCACUACCUCCCAUCUCUUUCUUGUCUUCUUUUGUUCUUCUGGGCCGUAAGAUCCCCAGACCCAACCUGGGGCAUCUGCUGACCCCGCUCUCUCUGCGGUGCAAGUAAAUGGAUGUCCUGCAGGAUCUCCACCAUGGGCAAUGGGCGCAGACUUUCAGCAGCUGCUGUUGCUCUCCCUGCACCGGCAGCCUCCUCUAGAAUUGAACUCCCUUCCCUCUUCGGAGUUAUUAAAGUUUUCCGCAUCACA